AGAGCCGCAUAACGACCCAGGAGUACGCUCGUGGGGCGGCGCUAGCUGGUUGUGGAGGUUCAUCACGCGACCGUCGCAUAGGCUUGAGGCGUGCGGGCGCUAACUUCUACGUGGUUUCCACUAAGACGCGUAGGUGCUGCAGAAGGACGCCUAUGAAAGGCUCUGCUGAAGGCAGCACCAAAUAUUUUAAUAGUAGCAGUGGGAGCGGACGCACGGUUGAUACGGGAGUGCAUCAGUAUUUUACAGAGGCGUGGGCGCUGCACCGGCCGAGAGGGCUCUUCUCCAGGCUGCACCAAGUAUAUUGAUAGCGGCAGUCGGGGCGGACGUACGGUUGAUACGGGAGCGCAUCAGUAUUUUACAGGUUAACCUGCGCAGCAGGUCUACCAAAACCUGAGCAACAUGGGACAACCGGUGCAGAUAGUAUCCGUCGAUCAGAACCACAUUAUCCAGCUGCAUAAAGAAAAGCUAGAAAAGAUUUUACUUGAUCCCAAAGUGAAGGACAAGGCCGUUGCUGUGGUCUCCAUAAAUGGCGCUGCACGCAAAGGAAAAUCUUUUUUAAUGAACUUCCUGAUACGAUAUCUGUGCCGUGGCAAAGAAUCAAACUGGAUGGGUGACAACGACACUCGGCUAGAAGGAUUCGACUGGAGCACGAGUAUGAAUCCAAUGACCAAAGGCAUAUUCCUAUGGGACGAGGCCUUUCUGGUGCCAACGUCUGACGGUAACGAGAUGGCCGUGUUCCUAAUGGACACACAGGGGGCUUUUGACAGCGAGUCUACAGCCGAUGAAACUGCUAGCCUCUUCGCCCUAAGCAUCCUGACAAGCUCACUGCAAAUCUACAACGUUUCAGAAAGCAUUCAGGAGGACGAUCUCCAGCACCUACAAUUUGCUGCUGAGUAUGGCAAGACCACACAAAAGGACGCAAAUCCGAAGCCGUUUCAGAGGCUAGUCUUCCUGGUCCGAGGAUGGAAAUUCCCUGAUGACCAACCAUACGGUGCGGAUGGCGGCUCUCAUGUGGUGGAAGAGGUCAUGGCGAUUAAAAAAGAACAACACCAUGAAUUGCAAAGUUUACGGCAGAGUCUCUACUCUUCCUUCUCAAGUAUUGAAGGCUUUCUUCUUCCCGAUCCAGGAAAGAAAUCACUAAGGAAGACGUUUGACGGUAGUCUGUGCCAACUUGACGAAGAGUUCAAGGAGAUGCUGGGGGUGUUUGCGCCAUGGCUUCUUGCACCAGAGAAACUUCAUACCAAAAGAAUUAGUGGGCAAAAAAUCACCUGCCAAGAGCUGAUGAACUAUUUCAAGGUGUAUACAGAUGUCUUUAAGUCGCCUGGACGGUUUUCGGCGAAAACACUAUUGGAGGCGACGACGCGUGAAAUAAACCGAUCAGCCAAGGAAAAAGCGAAGGAAUUCUAUAAAACUGAACUUGGCAAGGAAACAUAUGAAAGCAUUGAUGUGCUCAAGCGAAACCACACUCGGCUCCUCAAAAAAGCGAUGGCACAAUUCAAUCGAACUGUGAAGUUUGGAGACAAAGAAACCUCAAGAGAGUACUCAAUUAGCUUGGAAAAGGAAAUCAACGAUACCUUUGACAAGAUAUACAAGCAGCAAAUGCAGAGGGAGCAGCAAGAAAAGGAGCUUGCAGAUUUGACAGAGCAACUGAAACAUGCCAAGGAUAAAGUGAAAAUCAAGAACCUAAUAGUAUCCAUUGCUUCCGUGCUUCUGCCGACAAUGGUUUCGGCAUUUUUACCAGCAGAAAUCGUGGGACCACUAUUGAUAAUGACACUGACUAACAUAAUUACAGAGCAGCACGGCACCACGGAUCACGGUCUUGAUACGGCUGAAUUGACUGAUUUAAUCCGAGAGGUGCUCGAGAAGAUGAAAUCCGGCUUUGGCAAAUCAAAGAAUGAAGAACCUAUGGCGCCCGAAAGCAAAUGACGGACGUCUCGCUUCUAAGUUGCCCUCUGCAUGGCUAAUUGAAGAGUAAGCCAACACAAUGCAGAAAGGCCUAUUUGCAAUUUCUGGAAUGAUUUAAUAGCUUUGAUGGCAUGUUAUGUUAAUAAUAAAAAUGAGGCGUUUCGUACCACA